AUGGCCCCAUUUCUGUUCAACCAGUAUUUGCGUUUGCCUCACUGGUCUGCUCCCCCAGCGCCAUAUCCAUUACCACGCGAUGGCGAAUCUUCUGAAUCUUGUACCAACUCUAACGCAGGCAUACAUGAAUCGGUUGAUCCACGUGCAGCCUCUUGCUGUUGCCCCAUCUCAAGCCAUCUCGGAAUUUCACACUCCGCCUCGAGUUCAUCUUCUCAUUCUCUACCAAAUUCCCCAAUCGGUUCGCCUUCCCCACGCUCCCCCACUCAGUCCUCUAACUCUAAUGAAUUUCGACCAACUUGCUCCACUUUUCGGCCAAUUCCUCCCAAGCCUACAUUUGCGUCCAGGAUUACCUGGAGCCCUGGGUUAAAAUGGCCGAGCAGCGGUCAUGUUGAGUUUUGCAAUGUCUCUUUACGUUAUCCUACGAGUGUUUUAAGUAAUCAGAUGAUGUCAGACGCCGCUGUAGCUGCUACAGGAGCAUUUGAGGCUGAAUCACAAUGGCAGCAUCGCCAUCCUUUAUUUGAAACUCACGCCUCUACGUCCACUCGACAAAGGGAAGAGGAGGUUCAACCGACUACUUCAGCUGCAUCCCAUGCUACUUUUACGUAA